AUGCGAGUCAACUUACAUAGCUGUGUUGAAAUUACUUUGAAGUACAUUCUGCUGUUUCAAACCACUUCAAACGAGCAGCCUCAGGAUUACAUGGUUUUUGAGACCUUGGAAAGUACAAGAAUGAAGAAUUUUUUGGAAACAUGUGCAUCGAUACCACCGACAGAAACACUCUGCGAUACCAAGAAAUGCGAUCCAGGACAUGACUCCAAGAAAAUGAAGCAGACGAACGAAUAUACCGGUUACAGUACUGCGUAUGUGAGCAAAAUCUUUCAUGACAGAGAUAUCAAGAACAAGUCGUACCAAGACAUAAUCCAGGACGAAUGCGAUACGAGCUUCAAAAUUAUAAGCGUGCCGUUUUCCAAGGCUACGUUCGAAAAAAUUUACUAUCUAUCGGCAGAAAAGGAUACGGUGUUCACGGACGAAGAAAUCUGUUCGAUAUUUGCUCACUUAUUUCCAUACAACGAUGAUGUUCUUUUACUGUUAUCAUGGACAAUCUGUCUACAUCUUCAUAACAACCCCGUGUUCCUCCAAGAACUGCUCGACAUUGCCCGUUAUCCCGGCAGCUCUACCCAACAGCUCAAACACCUAUCAACGAUUGUUGCCGGCACUAGUGACAGCGCAAAAAUCUUCAGAGAAAUGGUGAACUCGAACAUGAUUUCCGCUUUGAAGAAUAAAAGUGAAUUGACAGCAAUGGCACUCAAAAUGAGAGUCAAUUAUAUGGAUUUUUGGAAAAAGUUCACGCUAGACAAAUUAGUGAUAGCGUGUUUAAUUGAGAAAUUAACCAUCUCGUAUGACUGGUUCGCUUCCAAGUGCGACGUUCUCCAUGAAAAAUUCCAAGGAGUUGCAGCCAAAUCCUCGCUAGUAGUAACAAUAUGUGAUAUUCGUGAUAAUUACGAUGCGACAAAACCUGAGCUGACCUCAGAGAGCGAAAUAUUGAACAACAAACUUGCGUUCAUUUCUGAGUGCAAGUUUUUACAAAAUGAAUGCAUUCGUGAGGUCGUUUUGGAAUUUGAUGGCAUACACAGUUCGCUUAACCCAGGCAUUUUAAGUACCAUAGGAAAUUUAUCCACAGUGAUAGCCAAGUCUGUAUCCGUUGACUUCGUUAAAUCAAUGCGUGAGGAUGUUAAAAAUGUUGAGGUUGUCUUCAGCCACAAGCAGCUCGGUUCAGCCUGUAUUAUUCCUCAUACUGUAAAGCAAUUAUCAUUUGUUCAAUCACAAUUUCAUGAAAAUAUUACGUUUCCAGACCAUAUUCGCUCUAUCAGCGUACUGAAGUCAAAAGUUAACGAGAACGUUACUUUCACGUUUGAUCAAAGCUGUGAAAGCGUUAAUCUGAAUGAUACCUCAGUAAGAGUUAAGAUCCUUGAACACGCUGAUCUUAACCAUAUAACUUUGAUUAAAGAAUCGAGUUAG